AUGAGGCUGCUGCACACCAAAUCCCACGAACUAUUCGAAGCCAGCGAUGUCCCUAUUCCAUUUCCCUCCUAUGCCAUUCUGUCCCACACAUGGAUAUCAUCCAAAGAUGAAAUUACAUACCAAGACAUGAAAAGAAGAACAGGGGAUAUAAAGAACAAUGUGUACAAGCAGAAGGGUUGGUCAAAGUUGAAAGAUUAUUGCGACCGGGCUUUUAAAGAUGGAUGGGACUGGGCUUGGAUGGAUACCUGCUGCAUCGACAAGACUAACCCAGCUGAUACUCAAGAAGCUAUCAAUGCCAUGUUUCGAUGGUACCAAAAUGCCGGCGUCUGUUAUGCUCAUUUGAGCGACGUCGAUUUUUCGAUGAGCAGCCAGAUCCUCUCUCUUCCGGAGGAUACGGGUCUUGACUCCAGCAUGAACAGUCUUCGAACAGCCGCCAAGAAUGAAUUCAUCGGUGCUAAAUGGUUCACCAGAGGCUGGACGCUCCAAGAACUUCUCGCUCCCCACUACCUGAUUUUUGUCGACCGUGAGUGGCGCCAUAUGGGUACUCGAGAAAGCUGGGCUCCUGAGAUUGAGAAGGCUAGUAAUAUUGAAGCACGCCACUUGAAUGCCUUCAAUCCAACGGAAUUUGCGUCUUGCUCUACAGCGAUGAGAUUCUCUUGGGCUUCUGGCCGGGAAACGACGGUGGAAGAAGACGAGUCAUACUCAUUGUUGGGUCUCUUUGGGAUCAGCCUUCCUCUCAUCUAUGGUGAAGGUGGCAGGCAGGCUUUCAACAGACUGCAGCGACAGCUCAUUCAUGUCUACCACGACGACUCAGUGUUUGCCUGGAAAAGCUCCCAGCCAGAUCCCAAGCCAGGAGUUGGGAUACUUGCUCGCUCAGUAAAGGACUUUUGGGACGCUUCGAAGGUUACAGCAGGACAAUACGGCAAUGCAUACUCCAUGACGAACAGAGGCCUGGAAAUCACUCCCAAGUACUGGAGACAGCGAAGCAAUCCCGAAGGCGUAAUUGUGCGUCUGAACUGCAGAAUUGGGUCCGCCUCCGAUGCCGAGGACAAAGAGACCGGGAUACAUCUCACCCACGACGCUGUCGCCGACGUCUACUAUCGAACACGCAUUCAUGAGCUCUGUAUGGGCCAACUUGACCUCGCGGAUUGGUAUGAAGAACGACGUCGCGAGCCUCUUUUUAUUCGGGCCGAUAACUAUUUGGAGCCGGCCACAUCAUCAGCUACGUUCGUAAUAGAAUAUCCCAAGCAAAUCCAAAUUGUCGCAACAUAUGUCGCCACCUUCGGACAGUCUUCCAUAAACCGCGGAAUACAGCCUUUCGGGAAUCUCAUGGAUGGGCCAGUUGCUAACGGGUUUAAAACGACACAGCUUUCUAUUGAGCCGAAAAGUGUUGUCUUCCUUAACAUUGAGCUUGAAGAAGCGGGCACCAAAUUACAGCUGGAUGUGAUCAUUAGCCUCACAGAAAGCUGCUUCCCAUAUGUCGGUACCUUGCGGAGGGAUGCACUGCCAUGGCAACGGCUUGGAGAUCCAAUGAAUGACUCUGUGGGCAACGCCAUGUACAAUGCAUUGGCAAGUCAUAUCCAUCGAACUCGCCCAUCAGAUUCAACAUAUCCCCCCCACGAAGAAGGGCAGGGUUUCAAGCGCGCAACCUGUCAUUGA